GGUCCAACCCAAGAUGGCUGCGCCCUUGCAGAAGUGCUGAAGAAGUGCCUCUCCGGAGAAAUUCUCGGGAUUGUGUGUGAUUUCCGCGAAAACCAAAGCACCAAAUCAGCUACCAGGGUCGCUGGUUUGUAGAACAAGGCCAUAAGACCCCAGUCGUCGAUAAGUGUGGCCGGUGCUUCGUGUGGCUGUGGCAGACUGUCCGUGUGAAGAUGGGCCUCGUCUCCAGCCCCUUCCCAUAGCGAAGAGCCGUGGGGAGAGGAGCCGCAGAUUCCCCUGCAAACACGCACCCGUCCAGCUCGGAUUUGACGGCUUUGACAUACUAUACAGGCUGUGGACGCUGCCCUACCAUUUUCUGACCAGGAUUGUUUGUGCGACCGUGUCUGUCAUCGUCCGCAGACGGAGAGGUUCCUCAGCCCGGGUUGAUAAUCCCACCGCACCAAGGGCCCUGAUGAAAAUGGACUCAGACUUGCUUCAUUCGCCGGCUGUGGGCCUCGCAGAAGAAGAGGAGGCUGACAUGAAUGACUGGAAACUUCCACUGGCCUUCAUGAAGAAACGGCACUCGGAGAAGAUCGAGGGCUCCAAGGCCUUAGCACAGAGCUGGAGGAUGAAGGACAGGAUGAAGACCGUGAGCGUGGCACUGGUGUUGUGUCUGAACGUGGGAGUGGACCCUCCUGAUGUGGUCAAGACCUCGCCCUGCGCCAGAUUGGAGUGCUGGAUAGAUCCUCUGUCGAUGAGUCCACAGAAAGCCCUGGAGACCAUCGGGGCCAACCUGCAGAAGCAAUAUGAAAACUGGCAACCCAGGGCACGUUACAAGCAGAGUCUGGACCCCACAGUGGACGAGGUGAAGAAGCUGUGCACAUCGCUGAGACGUAACGCCAAAGAGGAACGAGUUCUCUUCCACUACAACGGCCAUGGGGUGCCACGGCCCACCGUCAACGGAGAGAUCUGGGUCUUUAAUAAGGUACCACACACACGAACAAGAAAUACUUUCUUACAUAUACAUACACUAAACACUUAUAUACCUGUGGCAGCUAUCAACCCCAGCCACCCGCUCGCUCAGAUGCCGCUGCCUCCCUCCAUGAAGAACUGCAUCCAGCUGGCCGCCUGCGAGGCCAGCGAGCUGCUGCCCAUGAACCCCGACCUCCCAGCUGACCUCUUCACCUCCUGCCUCACCACACCCAUCAAGAUCGCCCUCCGAUGGUUUUGCAUGCAGAAGAGUGCCAAGUUGGUGCCAGGGGUGACGUUAGACCUCAUCGAGAAGAUCCCUGGCAGGCUCAACGACAGACGUACUCCCCUCGGUGAGCUCAACUGGAUCUUCACAGCCAUCACCGACACAAUCGCCUGGAAUGUGCUUCCUAGAGAUCUGUUCCAGAAGUUGUUUCGUCAGGACCUGCUGGUGGCCAGCUUGUUCCGCAAUUUCCUGUUAGCGGAGAGGAUAAUGAGGUCAUACAACUGCACACCAGUCAGCAGUCCUCGUCUGCCCCCUACAUACAUGCACGCCAUGUGGCAAGCAUGGGACCUGGCUGUGGACAUCUGCCUCUCUCAGCUGCCUACCAUUAUUGAGGAGGGCACCACCUUCAGACCCAGUCCUUUCUUUGGGGAGCAGCUCACAGCAUUUGAGGUGUGGUUGACGAUGGGUGUGGAGAACAGGAACCCUCCUGAGCAGCUUCCGAUAGUACUGCAGGUCCUCCUGAGUCAGGUGCAUCGGCUGCGAGCUCUAGACCUGCUCGGACUGUUUCUGGAUCUGGGUCCCUGGGCCGUCAGUCUGGCCCUGUCUGUGGGGAUCUUCCCCUACGUGUUAAAGCUGCUCCAGAGUUCAGCCAGAGAGCUGCGGCCGCUGCUGGUUUUCAUCUGGGCUAAAAUCCUCGCUGUGGACAGUUCAUGUCAAGCUGACCUGGUCAAAGACAACGGACACAAGUACUUUCUGUCUGUGCUUGCUGACAGUUACAUGCCAGCUGAGCAUCGAACCAUGGCUGUGUUCAUAUUGGCUGUUAUUGUCAACAGCUACAACACAGGACAGGAGGCCUGCCUUCAGGGCAACCUGAUAGCCAACUGCCUGGAGCAGCUGUCAGACCCCCACCCUCUGCUCCGUCAGUGGGUGGCCAUCUGCCUGGGCCGCAUCUGGCAGAACUUUGAUCCAGCCCGCUGGUGUGGAGUUCGGGACAGCGCCCACGAGAAGCUCUACACCCUGCUGUCGGAUCCCAUCCCAGAGGUGAGGUGUGCGGCUGUUUUUGCUCUGGGGACCUUUGUGGGAAACUCUGCUGAGAGGACGGACCACUCCACCACCAUCGACCACAACGUGGCUAUGAUGCUGGCCCAGCUCAUCAACGAUGGCAGCCCUGUGGUUCGCAAGGAGCUGGUUGUAGCACUGAGUCACCUGGUGGUCCAAUAUGAGAGCAACUUCUGUACAGUUGCCCUCCAGUUUAUAGAAGAAGAGAAGAACUACACUGUGCCGUCACCAGCCAACACCGCAGAGCCUGGUAACCUGACUCCAGUGAGGGACAGCCCAGCGAUCCCACGCCUGCGAUCAGUCAACUCCUACACCAACAUCCGAGCCGCUACCACUGCCCGCAACCUGAACAAGAGCCUGCAGAACCUCAACCUCAAUGAAGAGGGUGGACCAGCAGCCUUUUCUCCUGGUAACCUGAGCACCAGCAGCAGCGCCAGCAGUACCCUGGGGAGCCCCGACAACGACGAGUACAUCCUCUCCUUUGAGACCAUCGACAAAAUGCGACGGGUGUCCUCCUAUUCUUCCCUCAACUCCCUCAUAGGUGUGUCCUUCAACAGUGUGUACACGCAGAUCUGGAGGGUGCUGCUACAUCUCGCCGCAGACCCCUUUCCUGAGGUGUCGGAUCUGGCCAUGAAGGUCCUCAACAGCAUAGCAUACAAGGCAACAAUGAAUGCUCGGCCUCAGAGGAUCCUGGACUCUGGAUCGCUCACCCAGUCGGCCCCAGCCAGCCCCACCAGCAAGGGCACGCACAUCCACCAGGCUGGUGGCUCUCCUCCCAUGCCUAGCACCAGCAGCUCCAGUCUGACCAACGAGGUGCCCAAACCCCCCGCCAGAGAGCAACCGGCAACACGGCCUCCCUACACCCCCACAUUGGGAGGACAGGCGCCCCACUCUCACCAGUUCCCCCGCACUCGCAAGAUGUUUGACAAAGGACCUGAGCAGGCAGCUGAGGAUGGUGACGAGCCAGGUGGUCACAGGAACUACAUCAGUCCCGCCCUCCAGACGGGUCUGUGUGAUUGGAGCGCCAAGUAUUUCGCUCAGCCUGUUACGAAGAUCCCAGAGGAGCAUGACCUGGAGAGUCAGGUGAGGAUGGAGCGGCAGUGGAGGUUCCUGAGAAACACUCGAGUGAGAAGGCAGAGCCGAGGCAUCACUCAAAGAGGUGUCUCACGUCUGGAUGAUCAAAUAUUCAUCAACCGAAACCCUGGAGUACCGUCUGUUGUGAAGUUCCACCCCUUCAACACCUGCAUCGCUGUGGCCGACAAGGACAGCAUCUGUUUCUGGGACUGGGAGAAGGGCGAGAGGCUGGACUACUUCUACAACGGAAACCCUCGUUACACUCGCAUAACAUCCAUGGAGUACCUGAACGGGCAUGACUGCUCAUUACUGCUCACGGCAACAGAUGACGGAGCGUUACGUAUAUGGAAGAACUUUGCCGACCAGAAGAACCCGGAGAUGGUGACGGCGUGGCAGGGCCUUUCAGACAUGCUGCCCACUACCAGAGGUGCAGGCAUGGUCGUCGACUGGGAGCAGGAGACGGGUCUCCUUAUGACGUCUGGAGAUGUCCGAGUCAUCAGGAUCUGGGACACUGACAGGGAGAUGAAGGUCCAGGUACUCAGUGACCCUGUUUGUAUGACAAAUUUUCUCAAAAAGGUCACAAUGAAUAGAGCUGGAACUUGGGCUUUGAGCAUACUGGUGCUGAUGAUGUUCACAGUCUCACAGCUCUGCCGGGUGAUGACCUACAGGGAGCACGGAGCCUGGGUGGUCAAAGCUCACCUACAGAAGGAGACAGACGGACAUAUUAUCAGCGUCAGUGUUAAUGGAGAUGUUCGAUUCUUUGAACCGCGGUCGCCGGACUCCAUCAACGUGCUGCAGACAGUGAAGGGGUUAACAGCCCUGGACAUCCACCCGCAGGCCAACCUGUUUGCCUGUGGAUCGAUGAACCAGUUCAUAGCAGUCUACAAUGCUAACGGCGAUGUGAUCAGCAACAUAAAGUACUAUGACGGCUUCAUGGGACAAAGGAUUGGGGCAAUCAGCUGUUUAGCCUUCCAUCCUUACUGGCCCCACUUGGCGGUGGGCAGCAACGACUACUACAUGUCCAUUUAUUCAGCAGAGAAGAGGCUCAGAUAACACACCAGCAUUUACCACCCCCCCUCCCCAACAAAACCACCACAUAUGACUUCUGACCCUGAGCCCCGAGCUCCGGGAUGUAAAUGACGUUUUUGUUGUACAUAUGCAAUUACCACCCUGAAUGUUCUAGUGAUGGCUGCUGACAAAAAACUCAUGCUACGAACGACGAUAUAAAUAUUCUUAUUAUUAUUCUCAUUGUUUAUUCAUAUUCUUAUUAUGAAGCUAAUGAUUGUAGACUUGGCUGUGCUGAGGAGUGUGUAUAUUUAAAUAGCGUAUACAGAUGAAUAGAGGUUCUAUUUUAAAGAAGUGGUACCCACCGAUCACGGGGGCUCCUCCUCGCCGCACAGCGAGCAUCACUACCUGAACGAACUGUGACCCCAGUGAACUGAGGGGGGGGGGUCGCCCAGAGGACAACACACACUGUUGAAACACAUUCACUGGUGCAGGAAACACGAGCUCGCCCUCCGCUGGACCCCGGUGUGUUUAUAAAUUCAUUGUAAUGGCCGUCUCGCAGCCAAAGGACACAGAGUCUUACUUUGCAAGACGUUUGUAAGGACGGACCCAGAGAUGGUGGACUGUGCUCCUUCUUGCCUGACACGUUGACGAAGCUGACGUGAUGAGUGUUUCUUGUGUGUGUGUGUGUUAAAAUGGAUUAUAGCACAGAUGUGCCCCACAGUGGGCCCUCAUAGCCUUGGACUUAAAUGAUGCCCAGCAAAGAUGCCUGCUCCCAUGCUAGAACUCUCCUUCUUGCUUCCUGACCCCAGCGUGCCAAACAUAAUCAUAUUUUCCAUGCAAGCCCCUUUGUUGUGGCUCAAGGUGUUGUGGGUUAAUUUGUUUUUUAACUUAAUCACCUGUAAAAAGGGAAACCUUCUAUGGCCCUUAGGAUGACACAUACCCUGAUAUCUAGCACAGUGAGCACCCAGUCCUACAGGGAUUCUGCAGCACCUGCCUGCCUGCCCUGCAAAGCAAUAAAAACCUCCCUUGAUUCAGCCUCAAGCUCCUCCCCGACGUUUCCGAUAACGGAAAAAUAACACUUCUGCUUGAAGGUGAUAGCAGCACCGCAUGCCAUCAAUUUCUUCAGACAGUUGUACUUGCCCACAACCCAACCACCCAGAGGUGCCACAGGAUAGCAAUACAAACACACCCAUUUCAAUUCUCAGCGGUGUAAUUCUUUCUUUUUACAUACUCAUAGUAUCAGAUGGGUGCCUUUUUUACCCCAUCAGCUCACACCAUUGACAGGAAAGAUAUCAAUUAAAUUGAUUUUCCUGUGAUUGUCCAAACUUUCUGCUAACCAAUAUGUCCAAGUCCUCCCAAUGUGGAAUAAAAAGAGAGCAAAAGAAUCCCUGAAAAUACUUUUUUGACCAGCUUCAGAUUAGUGCACUGGCCCUUGUGUGCCAGUUGAUCUUUUUCUGGCAUCUGGAAAAAAUAUAUAGAAUAUGACCCUGGAUGCUUAUCUAAUCACAGUGAGGGGCAGCUCUGUUGAGACUCCCUUUGAGCACACUGCAGGUUUUAAGAACUUUAGGUUAUGUGACUCAUCACACCAGGGAUCAGCUGCCACCCCACUGUUUGAACCAUUUUUCAUUUUGAUUAAACCUUCUGCAAGGUUUCUUUUUUUUUCUUUGAGUUUUUAUUUUGGAUUUUAUUGCCAGACAUGUUUGGUUUGAUUUUGUUUAACACAGUUGGAGGCGUAAAGUGAGUUGCAUGUUAAUGCUGGUGUCAUCAGAACUGUGGCACUCUCUUUAACUCUGUACCUGUACAUGGUCACUGUGUCAAGUUUUAGUCAGUGUCCUAAAUCCCGCUCAGGUAUUCCAUGAGCCACCUCAAACCAAGGUUGAGCAACUACCAGCCUCCCCCAGUGUCAGCAUGAUCUUUUUUCUUUUUGUGCAGUAUCACCAUCAAUGUGCCUCUUCCUGGGGCUGCAGCUUUGCUUAUUCAGCUUUUUAAAAUCUUUACAAUCUUUAAAAGCUUUUUUCUCUUUCAGUUUUGUAAUUUUAUGUUUUUAAUUCUGCUGGCAUUUGUUUGCCUUAGCCUCCAUGAGGUGGAGAGGAAAAAAGUGGGGACAGCCUUACCCUCACACACACACACACACACACACACACACUUGCUGUACCAUGCCCCCUUUAUCCCCAGUGUAACGCAACAGCCGCCCCCUCCUUCCUUUCCUGCCACGCCCACCUCACCCCUCUGCAUCGGCUGUCCUGAGCUUUGCUUUUCCCCCGCAGAAGGAAUAGACUCUUGGACUGAAAGUGAACUGGGAACACACACCAUACAGUCUGUAUAAGCGACUGCAGUUGCAGUGACCACAUUAGUCCCCACCACCACCCCGUCACUGAGCUCUUUAGCGCUCUCUGUGGUUUAGCAGGCCUCAACUGCUUCACCGGCUCAGCCCAAAUCGUGUAUUUUGGCGUCGGGCCGUUUGCUCAGAAUCACAUUCAUCUCUAAGUAUCCUGCUUUGAGUUUUAAGAUUUUAGAUCUGAAGAAAAAGACUUUAACAAAGUAGUCAGAAAGGAAAAAUGAAAACAAUCAGGUUUGUCUCUGUGACUCUAGACUGCUUUGCUGACUGUGGUUUAUAAGACAGGAGAUGAAAUCAAUGAAAUAAACCAAAUACAA